AUGGCACAAGAGUUGCGAAGUGAUGUUAUCCAUCGUGUUCUGGAUGAAUCGAAAUUCGCCCCAGAAUGCCAAGAUAUUAUGGAAAAACUAUGCGGGUUUGAUAAAUAUAUUGAUUCUAACUCCGAAUUGACAGAUGCAGAAAAGAAACGGGCAAAAUUUCUCAUUCUUAUGAACAAAGAUAAAGAAAAUUUAAUACGAGUCAAAGGUUCUACAUAUCCUUGUAAAGUAUGCAACAAAUCCGGUUAUACAAUGCUAAACUGCGAGCAUUGUAUGCGAUCAUGUCUUAAAAGAAAAUUUUCCAAUUGGACUUCAGGCAAUAAAAUCAUCGACGAAACGAUUCAAGAGGCACAAAUAACCUUACCAACUCCGCGUGGGUUUGUUGAAUGGAUACCGUAUUCAGACUUUGAACAAGUGACAUAUAAGACACGCGGCGGUUUUGGGGAGAUUUAUACGGCAAUUUGGACGAAAGGAUAUGCAGAAGCAUUUGACCCAGAGAAGCAGGAAUAUAUUCGAAGCGGCCCUUUUAAGGUCAUUCUGAAAGUAUUAAAGAAAUCCAAUAAACCAAAUGAGGACUUUUUGAAAGAGUUGCAAACGCAUCUGUUAUUAGCUUCAAACGCCAAUAUGAUUGUACCCUGUUUGGGAGUGUCAAGACAUUCCGAAUCGGGAGAUUAUAUUCUUGUUUUAAAAGAAAUGAAAUCCGAUUUGCGUAGUUAUAUUCAAAAGAAUUAUAAGACGCUAACAUGGCCGGAUCUAUAUCAUGUAUUUCGUUAUAUUUUCGGCACUCUAAGAAGAUUUCACCAAAAAGAUCUUGUUCAUCGGGACUUGCAUAGUGGCAACGUAUUAAAGCGUUUUGGAGGCUGGUAUAUUGCCGAUUUUGGCCUUUGCGGUCCAGUGGAUAAAACGGAAAAGUCUGUCUAUGGUAUUGUGCCGUAUAUAGCGCCAGAAAUAUAUAGUACUUUUACAUAUACCCCUAAAACAGAUAUUUAUAGCGUUGGAAUGUUAAUGUACGAAUGUUGCACUGGAAGGCCGCCUUUCCAUGGUCAUCGUUACGAUUUUCCGCUUGCUUUAUCCAUCAUUAGAGGGUCUCGGCCACCCAUUCCUGCGGGUCUUCCUGAAUUGUAUGUAAAAAUGAUGAAACUAUGUUGGGAUACAGAUCCAUCUGUACGUCCUACCGCGGUCGAAGCCUGGGAAUUUUUUGGACAGCAAAUUCAAAGACCUGAAUCCACGGAAUUGGUAUUCAAAGAUCCGAUAGAUAUAUCAAGCCUACUCACUGGCUCUCUUAGUAGUCGUGUUUAUCAUUUUAAUCACCUACCAAAUCCACGUAAUGCAAGCGAAGCAACAAAUAAGAUUGGAUUUGCUGAAG